UUAGCUAGGUACCAGUAUUUGCUGUAAAUUGCUGUGGAAAGUGAAUUUUGUGUUUUUCAAGAAUGACUACCACGUGUAUCAUUCUCAUAGUCAUUAUUACAUCUUUAGCACAGAUAAACGGAGAAACUAGUCAGGUCAAAAAGAAUCCAAUGAAGAUUGGCAAAGGCACCAAUGAAGAUUCAGAAGAAUUUAUUCAAUAUGUUCGACAUGGAUCAUGAUGGGAAAAUCACUAUGAAAGAUCUGGAAAAUUGUGGAAAAAAAGAAAGCGAAUACAUGAAAAUUGAAAUUGAUGGAUGGGAUGCAAAUACAAAAAAUAACAUCUUGAAAAACAUGAAAGACAUAACUGGAUAUGCACCUUGUAAUGGUCAAAUGGACUAUAAUUUCUUCAAUAAUGGAAUCAUGAGAUUUUUAGAGAUGUUGGAUCCUUUGACGUCGGAACAGGAAGCAGAUAUGAACUUUUUGAGAGGAUUCCAGCUCUCUUUGAAAGAAUGUUACACACUGGAAGAAGUGGCAAAGGCUUCAAAAUGUGAUGUAAAUAAAGUAAGACAACGUUAUGGAUUGGGAGGUGCUGGAUUGAAUGUUAAAAUCCUUCGCAAAGAUUUGGUAAGCGCUCUCCGGAAUAAUGAUCACCUUCCUCCUAGACCAAUAACAAUAGUUUGGAAAAACAUAGCUCAACGUUGUUCAAUUGCAAGAGAAUGCUUGGCGAGACGACAUAGCAUCUUGAAGGAUAAUAUAACUGCCAAAGCCUUGGAGUUGAAGAAGAGAAUCAGCGGAACAGGAAACAGAAACAAACCUAAGAGAAGAUGAGUUCCUAACAAGCAAAAUUAAUCAGAACCUGAGAAGAAGAAAAAAUCACGUCUUAACAGAAGAAAUAGUGUAAAUUAAUGGAGGAACACGGGAAAAAUAAAUAAGGUUCAAACAAGAAAAUGGAAAAUUGAUUUAGCGAUUGAUGUUGAUAAUAUCAGAAAGCUCCUAGUAGACAUUCUUGUAUUUUUGCUUAAAAAGAUGAUGUAGCCUAGUAAUAAGAGGAAUGAGAUGUAAUACAGUCACUAUAUACAUUGAAGCUUGCAAUUAUAUUGCAGUUCUGGUCUUCUAAUAAAUAUUUUUGGAUACAUAAGAGGGGUCCAGAUCCAAAUUUUUGCAUGCAAAAAUACCUUAUAGUCCAGGCAAUGAAUGCUCAUAAAAGGGUAUAGAAGGAAAAGUCUGGAAGACAAUAUUUGACUCCGCAGUUCUAUUUAAGGUAGUAAGGAGGAAAACAUAUCAACAUUUCCCACCCCUACCCCGUGUGCUAAGGGGGUGGGGGUGGUUGGAAGAUACCAUAUUUUGGUAUCUCGCAUAUUACUCGGAAACUAUUAAUCUUAUGGACAUGACUGUUUUAUACAAAAUUGAAGGUUACAAAAAUUCCUACAAUAUUCAUACCACAACUUUUCCUGUAUCUCCUAUAAUAAUAAUAGUAAUAAUAAUGAUUUCAAUUUCAAUUUCAUUUAAAGUUACAUAGUAUCAUAUACAUACAGUGUUUUGUUGCUCCUCUAGCUUAGAGCUAAUUGAGGAGUAUUCGAAUUUCAUACUAUAUCAUAAUAGUUAUCAGGGUGCGGCAGUCAAUCCCGCAUUUUUGAAAUAGGCGUAAAAAAUAAACGGACGUAGAUAUCAAAAUUAUAUUCAUAAAAUAUUUUUCUACAUUAAAAAGCAUUUGAGAAACAUUGAAGAUAAUCACUGUUUGAAAAUAACAUCAGCAAGAUGGCGGCCUUCUCGAGUACAGCAUUCGCACAGGCGAUUUGUGAAGCUGUUCAUAACAUCAGGAAGCAUAGGCCGAGGAUUUCUCUUAAUUUCUAGCCGGAUUCUUGCCUUCAGUUCACUAACAGUAUGAGGUCUUUCUUCGUAUACUUUACUUUUUAGGUAACCUCAAAAGAAAAAAUCACACGCAGUGAGGUCUGGUGAACGGGGCUGCCACGGAACCGGGCCAUUGCGGGGAAUCACUCGGUUUGGAAAAACUCAGUUAAGAACAUUCAUGCUCACGUGGGCUGUGUGACUUGUUGCUCCAUCUUGUUGAAACAAUAUUUCUUCAUUCACUUCAUGUUGCCGAAGCUGAGGAAUGAAGAAUGUUCUUAACAUUAUUGAAUAGUGAUCAGCAUUCACAGUAACAGAUCGCUCUCUUUCGUUUUCAAAAAAAUAAGGGCCUAUGAUACCCGACGCCUAUGAUAAGGCCGCCAUCUUGCUGAUGUUAUUUUCAAACAGUGAUUAUUUUCAAUGUUUCUUAAAUGCUUUUUAAUGUAGAAAAAUAUUUUAUGAAUAUAACUUUGAUAUCCACGUCCAUUUAUUUUUUACACCUAUUUCAAAAAUGCGGGAUUGACUGCCACACUCUGUACAUUCUAUAAUAAUACUACAAAUAAAAAUUUUUGUAAAGUGUUCAAUAAACUAAAUUGAAAGUCUAUUAUAGUUUCUAUCUGGGAUUUGAUAUAAAAGUUCUAAUUUCUACCACUUGAAUCACAACAUUAGUCACUCUAUAUUCUACUAAAUCGGUGAUCAACCUUGCAGACAUUAUUGUCUCUUGCAUUUAGGUGGCUGUGAACAGCUGACUAGCUGAGCCAAC